CGCCCACCCUGCAGACGAUUGAGAUCGAGUAACGGCAGAGAGCAAGUCCAUCAACCCCCCAUCCACCUCACCUCACCUCACCUCCCCCGACCGCUUCUUGUACCUAGUCUCCUCCACUGGAAGUCCAGUCUAGCUGAAGCACGCAUACGCCACCAUCACUCACCUGUUCAAUAUGGCAUCGGACAGCACUACCAGGCAGUAUUUUGAGCACUCUUCUGCCCCUCGGCUCAGCACUACCGACGUGAUCGCGGCAUCUCUCAAGAGACAGUACCCCUCUCUCGAGUGUACAAUUAUCCACCCAUACCUCCCAAUUGACCUCCUGGGCUUCGCCUACUCCGGCAAUGGGUCCAUUGCUCCCAUCCCUGACCACCGUGCCGCCACCGUCAAGCUCGAUGCCGCCUCCCUUCCCUCGUCUCUGGCCCUGACUGCCUAUGUUCCACCGGCGCGGCGUGACGGGACAGGGGCGGUCCUUCACGAGAUCCUCUUUGACAAGUUUCUUUACAAGUGGAAUGGCCACGAGUACUUGGUCUACAUCGUGGACGCCAAGGAGGGCCUGGUCGGUGCCUUCCCCCAGGGACAGCUCACCUUCAUCCUCUCCGUCUCGGAACAGCUCACUGAGGGUCUCGUUCUCGCGGCUGGCAAGUGGACCAGCGACCUCCACGACGAGAUCUGGGUCUAUGACAGCGGCUAUUGGGAAAAGAGCAAGGCGCUCUACGACAGUAUCCGCAGUGCUUCUUGGGACAGUGUUAUUAUGGAACCGGAGAGGAAGAAGGCCAUCAUUGAUGACCACAUGCGCUUCUUUAACUCGCGUAGUGACUACCAGAAACUCAAGGUACCCUGGAAAAGAGGUCUCAUCUACUACGGCCCUCCAGGGAACGGCAAAACGAUCAGCAUCAAGGCCAUGAUGAACCAGCUUUAUCGUCUCAGAGACCCUAUACCGACAUUGUACGUCCGGUCUCUUCAGUCAUACAUGGGACCCGAGUACUCUAUCAAGACCAUCUAUGACAAAGCGAGAUCAAUGGCGCCAUGCUACCUCAUCUUUGAGGACUUGGACACCAUAAUCACCGACAACGUAAAGAGCUAUUUCUUCAACGAAGUAGAUGGUCUCAAGUCCAACGAUGGUAUAUUCAUGGUGGGCUCCACAAACCACCUAGAUCGCCUUGACCCAGGCAUUUCCCAACGCCCCUCUCGCUUCGACCGGAAGUAUCUAUUCGAUAACCCCAACAAAAGGGAGAGGACCAUGUACUGCCAAUUUUGGCAGAAGAAACUCGAGGACAACGCCGAUAUUGAGUUUCCGGACCAGCUUUGCGUCGCCAUCGCGGACAUUACGCACGACUUCAGCUUUGCCUACAUGCAGGAGGCAUUUGUCGCUGCCCUUCUAGCCAUCGCGCAGAGAAAAGGUGACAGGGCCGAAUCACUUGAUGACGGGUGGAUAGAUGUUCUAGAAGGAGAUAAUGGUGGCGGGGAUCUGGACGGCAAUUUGCUGUGGGAUGAGAUCCAGAAGCAGGUCGAUAUCCUCCGGCGCGGGCUUGAAAAGGACGAGCAGUCCCGCCCAUAGACACCAACAACAGUGGUGCGUACUUCUUACAAUUUCUAGCACUGAUUAUCCUCCUCCCGAUCAUGUCAAGCUUCCUAAGGACGCCUCAGAUCGAACACAUUAGCGACAACUUAGAAGCAGAGAUAGUCGUUAAGACGGGCACCGAGCAAUCAAUGGGUUGAUCCUAAAAGAUCUUUCUCGUCACUGCCUUGCCGCUUUUGCCUCCAGCCCAUACCUUUCUUCCUGCUUGUAGUCACUUGAGACUAUCCCACUUAGUCCAACAAACAGGCCAAACACUGAAAAGUACCACCCUCUCCCGACGGCACGAGUGAGUGGAUCGAGAAUCGCAGCAGAUGCCGCACUGAGGACGCAGGCGAUGGAAAUGUAAAAAUCCAGCGUCCAGAAUAGACAUGUCCCCGGCCAAACAUAACGCCACAUCUCAUGACCUGACCGGAAGCGUAGGACGUGCUGGAGCUGUUUGGAAAGACAUCAACUAGCAGGGCGCUUGCCGUGUGACUGAGCAAGGUGGAUGCCGCGCAGAUAAAGAAUUGCAUCACAAGGGGUAGGGCUGGAUGCACAUCGAACGUGACCACCCAGCCGUAACCGAUCACCAGUAUCACUUCGAAUACAACGAAGAACAUGAUGUGCCGGUACCUUGCAUCUUCAAUGGGGAAGUCUUUCAGAUCUUCCGCCUUCCUGCUGUCAAGGGUGACUCUGGUCUUGCGUGCAACUCUAGCAAAGUUUCUGUCCACGAGCUUACCAGCAACAACACCG